UGUUUAGGGGACUCUUGCUGACUUAUCUAAAUAGCCUGGGUUAGGCCAGGAUUUGUUCAGACCAUGUACUGACUCUAACGCUGCAGAAUGCUCUGUAAUUAACUUGGCUGGUGCUUUUUGGCAGAGCAAAGUGCUGAUUCCAUUUCAGUGUCUGUGACUAUGGGCGGUGGAUCAGCCUGGAUUACUGGCAAACACUGCCGUUCAUUGCUCCUUGUUUAUUUCAUUUUACUUGCUUAUUUUUCAAACGCGUUUGUGGAUGCUUCUGGAAACGAUACGAUUUUCAGUAACCAGGACACGUUGGGCAGUGAGCGGCAUCAAGAUUCUAACAAAUAUUACAGCUCCCCGACCUCUACACACAAGGAUGAGCGACUUAGUGUCUUCUCUCUGGAUUACUACCAUGUACAGGUUCCCUUCGAGAUCACCCUCUGGAUACUCCUGGCUUCCUUAGCUAAAAUUGGAUUUCACCUGUAUCAUAAACUCUCCACCUACGUGCCAGAGAGCUGUUUGCUGAUCAUCAUUGGGCUAUUAGUGGGAGGAAUUAUUUUCGGAGCUGAAGAGAGAUCUCCUCCUGUUAUGAGCACAGAUGUAUUUUUCCUGUACUUGCUGCCACCCAUAGUCCUUGAUGCUGGUUACUUUAUGCCUGGCAGGCUCUUCUUUGAAAAUAUUGGGACCAUCUUGUGGUAUGCUGUGGUUGGAACCAUAUGGAAUAUAAUUGGCAUCAGCUUGUCAUUGUAUGGGAUAUGUCAGGUUCAAGCUUUUCAACUGAGUGACAUCACACUGCUGCAGAUCUUAUUGUUUGGAAGUUUGAUCUCAGCUGUGGACCCUGUUGCAGUUUUAGCUGUCUUUGAAGAAAUUCAUGUAAAUGAGCAACUUCAUAUCUUGGUAUUUGGAGAGUCACUGCUUAAUGAUGCUGUCACUGUGGCUCUGUAUCACUCAUUCAAGUUGCUCUGCCAGAUGCACACCAUUGAAACUGUGGAUGUCUUUGCUGGAAUUGCCCAAUUUUUUGUGGUGGGCAUUGGUGGCAUACUAGUUGGAAUUGUCUAUGGAUUUGUUGCAGCUUUCACCACCCGCUUUACUCAGAAUGUACGCAUAAUUGAGCCGCUGUUUGUCUUCUUGUACAGUUACCUCUGCUACCUGACAGCAGAGAUGUUCCGCAUGUCUGGCAUCAUGGCAUUGAUAGCCUGUUCAAUGAGCAUGAAGCGCUAUGUGGAAGAAAACAUUUCGAUGAAAUCCAGCACCACUAUUAAGUAUUUUCUGAAGAUGUGGAGCAGCGUCAGUGAGACUCUCAUUUUCAUUUUUCUUGGUGUAUCAACAAUCACAGAAAAGCAUGAAUGGAACUGGGCAUUUGUUUGCUUCACUUUAUUGUUCUGUUUGGUUUGGCGUGCGCUAGGUGUUAUUGUACUGACUUGGAUUAUUAACAGAUUCCGUAAACUAUUGGUCACCCGCAAGGAUCAAUUUAUCAUCGCCUAUGGAGGGCUGCGUGGGGCAAUUUGCUUUUCGCUCGUAUUUCUACUCCCAUCACAUGUCUUUCCUCGGAAGAAUUUAUUCAUCACAGCAACUAUUGUGGUUAUAUUCUUCACUGUCUUUAUUCAGGGAAUGACUAUCCGCCCAUUGGUUAAAUUUUUGGAGGUUAAAAAGUCAAAUAAAAAGCAGCCAACAGUGAACGAAGAGAUUCAAAUUCGAUUUUUUGACCAUGUGUUGGCCGGAGUUGAGGAUGUCUGUGGACAGUGGAGUCACUACUACUUGAGAGACAAAGCCAGGAAGUUUGAUCACAGUUAUUUGGCAAAGCUUUUGAUUCGGGGUAAUGAACCGAAGAACAGUAUUGUUGCUCUUUAUAAGAAGUUGGAAUUGAAACAGGCCAUUGAAAUGGCUGAAUCUGGUCAACUCAGUAAGGUGUCAUCAUCUGCUUCUCUGUUAAGUAAAAAACCUAAGGAAGUUAGAACUCUUUCCUCUGAAGAACUGAAGAAUAUGAAAGAAAUCUUGGCUAAAAAUCUGUAUCGGACUAGACUGAGGGCACCAUCCUACAACAGGCACAGUCUGCCAAGAGAGGCCACUGAGAAUGAGGUUAAGGAAAUCUUAAUUCGGCGACACAACAGCUUACGAGAAAGUAUGCGCAAAACCACCAGAGGCCGGCAGUCUGGUGCAGUAAAAAAUCGUCCAGCUUCACUGCCUCAAAAUACCAGAAUUUCUUCCAGAGCCCCAAAGAGGAACAUUGCUUUCACAGUGGGAGAAGACAUCAACUCAGAAACAGAUUCUUUGCAGCUAGGGGACCUAUCACAGUCCAGAACAGGACCAACCCCUCAUCAGAAACCAAGCAGAAUGGAGUGGCCGAAUGAAGUCCAAACAGAGGACAGUAGGAGUCAUUGGCCUACUUCUGCUCGUCAAGCUGAAGGUGGAAGACGUCAAGCACUAAUGCCAAGGAUAAGAUUUGGUCAACUGGAUUCUCAAGAUUGUGAAAGUGGAAGGAGCCGUCAAGGAUUUGUGGAAAUUCCACCAGUUGGGUGGAUGGCAGAAGAUGCACAUGAGGAAGAUACUGAAAUCGAUGAUCCCUUGCUAAGGAAACCAAAAUGAUACCAACCAAUAGUUGAAUCAGUGUUGAGAUUUUAUUCACUAGAUUCAUGUUAUUACUUGCAGAAAUUAAAGUUGUGUUUCAACUAAUUUGUGCGAGUUUAAACAAAUGCAUUUGGAUAAGGAAUUAACUUUUUUCCCUGCUCAUGAAUUUUAACAAAGCUAAUGAUUGCCAAAUCAGCCUGAUCCUUUGUUUUAAAUUAAAGCUUCGUUUUUAACAUUUAUGGUUUUGGCAUAUAGAGUGGCAUAUAAUCUAAAUUAAUUUAGAAAUAACCCACAUUGACUACUCAUUCAUUUGGCAUAUUUCCAGGCAGUUCAUGGCUACUUCCUACUCAUCAUGCCAAAGUGCAAAACUAAUUCUCAUUUUACGACUUUUCCCUGAAAAUAUAAUUAGUUCCCUGAAAUCCCAUAGUUUCUAUUCAACCAGUUUUGCGGCUUCCACUUUCAAACAAUGGAGCCAAAACAUAGCUUGCUUCAUCUCCAAUGCCUGGAGAAGUCCUUAAACUGCUUGCAAAAUUGAUGGGAGGAGAUCAUGCACAAUCCCAAAUGCCUAUUCUUUGCUAUCCAUCUGAUUGAGUGUUGGUUUUUAAUUUGUUCUGAUUUGUUGAGAUUAACUCCUACUUUUGGCUCAUCUUGCACAUGACCCACAGUGCUUCUCCACUUCCCACCAUUUGGGAAAUGACUCUCUUCCAUUGUUCUCUUCCCUCCCUAUUCUCUCCUCGCUUCCACAAUACCAGUCAUAAUCUUUUACCCUUCUCUUCCAAUGACCAUCCCUUCCCACCUGCUUUUCCUUUUACCCUUUCCUCUCUCCCUGUGUUGGCAUGUUCAAAUAAGGCAGUUCCUUCUGAACUUACCUGACUUAAAUGUCCAAGUGAACAUCAAGAUUUAGUGGAUGACAUUUUUAAAUUUUAUGAUUGUGAAAAAAGUUGCAAAGGCUGAAACUGAAAAGAUUCCUCUAACUGCUUCAUAUUGAAAUUAUGCCAGAAAAUUGGUGUGAAAAUGUGUUCACAGAAGUGAUACUUCUAUUUAUCUGAAUAUUUGCUUUUUUUAUUGACUAAUUGGUUCUUAUUGGAAUAUUUGUAUAGAUUUUAAACUUGAAUAUACUUUCAAUACACAGCAGUUUAAUUUAAGUUCCAUGCACAGCAAAUGGCUUUCAUUAAAUAUUAGUGUGGCUAAGGUUACAGUCCACAUUUCAACUGUUGCUUCUCUAUUCUUGGGUCCCAAAUGUGAAAGGUAUUCAGUAAUUACAUUCAAGCAAGUUCAAAGCAAUUUUUUAAACCAAUUUUUUGUGUAAUGCAUUUUCUUAACAUAAUACUGGAACUUCAGGUCUGUUUCUCAUUUUCUCCACCAAUGGGAAAUGUACUUUCAAAUGGUUUGGAACUUGAGGCAGUGGUC